CACUUGGUCUCAGUUUACUUAGCUCGCUCCCACCCUUUCCCGGGGAGUAGCCAUCAGGGCGCACGCGCAGCCCCGCCCCUCUCUGGUCGGGCCCGCCCCUCGGCUCUAACACCGCCUCUUCCGCGUUCUCGGAGCGACCUGCAGAUUUUCAUGCCAGGUGAAGCAAAAGCCAGUGUAGAACUGAAGAAUGCUACCCUCCAGAGGCCAUUGAAAUGCUGCAGUAGCUGGUAGACAGCGGCCCUCUGUCAGGAGCAUUAUUUCAUUAUUUCAUCUCAGUUUACAGAGGAUUUACUUCUCAGAAGUUGGGCAAGUGUGCUUCCCCUCCAGCUCCAGCUCCACCAGUACACAAAUGGUAGACCACCGAGCUCUGACCAAGAGGAAGUUUCAAAAACAACUCUCCUUCAACAAGUUCUGUUUCCAAGGAAAGUGUUAACCAUUUGUCCCUUCUGGCGUACCCUCUUCCAUUGAAAUCCAUGCAGAAUAGUCCAGAGAUGGGCAGCAGUGAGCCCCUUCCUAUUGCAGAAGGUGACAAGAGGAAAAAGAAGAAGCGGAAGGCCCGGGCCACUGACUCCUUACCAGGAAAGUUUGAAGAUAUGUACAAGCUGACCUCUGAAUUGCUUGGAGAGGGAGCCUAUGCCAAAGUCCAAGGUGCCGUGAGCCUGCAGAAUGGCAAAGAGUAUGCUGUCAAAAUCAUCGAAAAACAAGCAGGGCACAGUCGGAGUAGGGUAUUCCGAGAGGUGGAGACGCUCUAUCAGUGUCAAGGAAACAAGAACAUUUUGGAGCUGAUUGAGUUCUUUGAAGAUGACACAAGGUUUUACUUGGUCUUUGAGAAAUUGCAAGGAGGCUCCAUCCUGGCCCACAUCCAGAAGCAGAAGCACUUCAAUGAGCGAGAAGCCAGCCGAGUGGUGCGGGAUGUGGCCGCUGCCCUUGACUUCCUGCACACCAAAGGCAUUGCUCACCGCGAUCUGAAGCCAGAAAAUAUAUUGUGUGAGUCUCCAGAAAAGGUGUCUCCGGUGAAAAUCUGUGACUUUGACUUGGGCAGUGGGGUGAAACUGAACAACUCCUGUACCCCCAUAACCACACCAGAGCUGACCACUCCAUGUGGUUCCGCAGAAUACAUGGCCCCGGAGGUGGUGGAGGUCUUCAGGGACGAGGCCACUUUUUACGACAAGCGCUGUGACCUGUGGAGCCUGGGCGUGGUCCUCUACAUCAUGCUGAGUGGCUACCCCCCCUUUGUAGGUCACUGCGGGGCUGACUGUGGCUGGGACCGGGGAGAGGUCUGCAGGGUGUGCCAGAACAAGCUGUUUGAGAGCAUCCAGGAAGGCAAGUAUGAGUUUCCUGACAAGGACUGGGCACACAUCUCCAGCGAGGCCAAAGACCUCAUCUCCAAGCUCCUGGUUCGAGAUGCAAAGCAGAGACUGAGUGCCGCCCAAGUUCUGCAGCACCCCUGGGUGCAGGGGCAAGCUCCAGAAAGGGGACUCCCCACGCCGCGAAUCCUCCAGAGAAAUAGCAGCACGAUGGACCUGACACUCUUCGCGGCCGAGGCCAUCGCCCUUAACCGCCAGCUUUCUCAGCGCGAGGAAGACGAGCUGGCAGAGGAGUCCCUGGCUGAGGGCUUGUGCUCGGUGAGGCUUUCUCCUCCAUGCAAGUCACGCCUGGCCCGGCGGAGGGCCCUGGCCCAGGCAGGCCGCAGUGAUGACCUGGAACUGUGUCCAACUCCCACCACACUCUGACCCACUCCAGCCACAACCUCCAGGACCUCAGCCUGCCCGGGCUUGGCCAAAGUCUGCAGAGCAAGUAGAGCGAGCUGCUCUGUGGCUCCGUCCAGGCCACCCAACCCCCCAUUUCCCCAGAGUCCUCAAGGAAAAAGCUCUUUCCAAAGGGGUUGUCUUUGAAAAGGAAAGCAAUCACUUGUCACUUUGCAUAAUCGCCUGCAGCAGGGACAUCUCUGCUGGGCUCCUGCCCACCUGCUCACCCGCCUGCGGAUCCAGGAUGCAGCCUGCUCUCCUGGGCAGCAGGCGGCAGUGGCGGCUGGGGCUGCAGCCUUCAGGGAGCCAGCCUUGAGAAGCAGCAGUUGACAGAAGCUCUCUCUUCUCUUUGCACUGUCACCCCCCCCCCCCCCCCCCCCCGGUCCUUCCACCUUCCUCUGUCCUCCGGAUGUCCUCCCCUGGCUGAACAAAGCCAUCCCCUCACUUCAGGAGAGGGCAGGGAGCCUUCUGCGUUCAGGAGGCCAGAUCAGUCUUCCAGUCUGUAGCGCUGGAGAAGCACAUAAUCUUUCUUUGCUGGGACCAAAACGUGUCCCUCAUUUAUCAUCCCCUUCCUUGUUUGGGAUUGCUGCUGAAGUCCGUAUUAUUUCAUUUAAAAAAAUGUUUUUUUUUAACCAUGCACUUCCAGCAAAGAUGGGACUUUCAACUCCCACUGCGAGCCCGUGGAUUUUCCAGAGCACGUAAUGGCUCGCUCUUCCUCAAAUGUCCAUGCAUGUGAAAGGUUUUAAUCAGCUGUUUCCUAUUAUUCUAACUGGUUUUAAGCUGUUGAGAUGAUGCGUGACUUGGAGGCUGUGUCUGCUGGAGGGCAGCAUCAGUCCAGGGCAGUUAGAAGGAGCCGUGCGCCUGACGUGGCACCAGAUCGGAGGCGGCGCGGGUGCCUGCUGCCGGAGAGUGAAGGCACAUCCGGCGUCAGAUAAGCUGGGCUGCGCAGCUACCUAGAGAAAAUCGAUUUGUACAAGUCAGACAAGACAUUUACACCAAACGACAAUGCUAUUAUACAAUGUGCUUGUUUUAAUAAAACUGUUUUAAAUUUUA